AUGGCGGUGCAAUCCUCUCUCGCGAGAUGUCUUCGCGCCUCGCCUUCAACCCUCAUCCGUCCCAUGUCUUUACCUAUUCGAGGAGGACAAUUCUUCCAAUUCUCCCAAAGAUCCGGAUACGCUACAAAUGAUUCUGCAGACCGAAAACCAAGCUCCAACUCAUCAGAAUCUCAACCCACAAAGAAAAGCUCAAUAUUUGACGGGAUGAACACUACUUCCUCCACUACUACAACGGCACUUCGCGAAAACGUGCAAUACGUCACUCAACCCGUGCCUCAUCCACGCGCAACUCGCGAAUUUGUCAAGAGUCCAUCGUCGUCAUCGGCAGCAGAUAGAGCUCACAGAGGUCUUGAACAGCAACUCGACAACCUCCUAUCGCGGAGGGCAGCACCUUCCAGACAACAAACAUCAGCAGCAGCAGCAGCAGCAGCAAGUGUCGUCGGUAGCAUCGACCAGGCCGAUCCCAUCACCCCACCACGAUUCCGCACCGUGCCCAUGAAACUAGGCACAAAGCUCGGUCGACAGGUUUUUGUCUCCAAUGAUCGCGGCGUUGAUGUUGCGGCUGCCAUAAGAAUGGUUCAGAUCAAUUGCGCUGUGAAUGGGGUUAGGAGACAGGCUAAUUUGCAAAAGUUUCAUGUGCGUCGGGGUCAGAGGAGAAAGGAUUUGAGGAGUCAGAGGUGGAGGAAGUUGUUUAAGUUUUCGUUUGAUGAGACUGUUAAGAAGAUUCAGAGGAUGAGGGAUCAGGGGUGGUAA